CCACUCUACACCCUCGGCUGCGACGUUCCGAGCCGUCGAUCGGAGCCGGACAAAGAGCCUUCCAACUCACCGGCCGACAAAAACCUUAAAAAAAAAAAAAACCAUCUCCUCAAUUUCACAGAGAGAAAUAUCGGGCCAUCAAGUGGACUGGCCAUUUCCUCGUUGCUGUCGCCUCAGCCAGCUGUUGACUCUGCUCCGGGAGCCAUCCCCCCAAUGGCUUCUGUCUCUGGCAUCUGCUCCUCCUCCCCGUCUCUCAAGCCCAAGGCCGCGAUGCCCCCCGGUCAAUCUCCUUCUCCUCCGGCCAGGAGGGAUUCCGUCUCAUUCCCCAGCCGCUCCAAGCUGGCAGCUGAUCACCGGGCACAAAGCCACUCCGUGACGCACUCCGUGGCCAGGGAGGUCCCGGCCGACCUGUCCAGAGCCACCGGGGGGGCCGAAAUGGUGGCGAGGAAGGAGAAGAAGGGGCUCGAGAAGGACCCGAGGGCGCUGUGGAAGAGAUACGUGGAUUGGCUAUACCAGCACAAGGAGCUGGGGCUUUUCCUGGACGUGAGCCGGAUCGGGUUCACGGAGGAGUUCGUUGAGGAGAUGGAGCCCCGGUUCGAGGCGACCUUCAAGGCCAUGGAUGAGCUCGAGAAGGGGGCCAUCGCCAACCCCGACGAGGGCCGGAUGGUCGGCCACUACUGGCUCCGGAAGCCCGAGCUCGCUCCGAAACCCAUCCUCAAGAGCCAGAUCGAGAAGACCCUCGACGCCCUCUGCAGCUUUGCCGACGACGUCGUCUCCGGUAAGAUUAAGCCCCCAUCUUCUCCGGAGGGCCGCUUCACUCAAAUACUUUCCGUCGGAAUCGGUGGCUCGGCUCUGGGACCGCAGUUCGUUGCUGAAGCACUGGCUCCCGAUAAUCCUCCACUCAAGAUAAGAUUCAUCGAUAACACAGAUCCAGCAGGCAUUGAUCAUCAGAUUGCACAGCUUGGUCCGGAACUUGCUUCUACUAUAGUGAUUGUGAUUUCAAAGAGUGGAGGUACCCCUGAGACUAGGAAUGGCUUAUUGGAAGUGCAAAAGGCAUUCCGUGAAGCUGGACUGGAAUUCGCAAAACAGGGUGUUGCAAUAACACAAGAGAAUUCAUUGCUUGACAAUACGGCUAGAAUUGAAGGCUGGCUAGCCAGAUUCCCCAUGUUUGAUUGGGUUGGCGGCAGAACAUCUGAAAUGUCUGCAGUUGGUCUACUUCCAGCUGCUCUUCAAGGAAUCAACGUCAGAGAAAUGCUUGCUGGGGCAGCCUUGAUGGAUGAGGCAACUAGAACUACUGUUGUGAAGAAUAACCCUGCAGCGUUGCUAGCUUUAUGUUGGUACUGGGCUUCUGAUGGCGUUGGAUCCAAGGACAUGGUUAUCCUUCCUUACAAGGACAGCCUGUUGCUGUUUAGUCGGUAUUUGCAGCAACUAGUAAUGGAAUCGCUUGGAAAGGAGUUUGAUUUGGAUGGUAAUAAGGUGAAUCAAGGACUAACUGUUUAUGGAAAUAAAGGAAGCACAGACCAGCACGCCUACAUCCAACAAUUGAGAGAGGGUGUCCACAAUUUCUUUGUGACAUUCAUUGAAGUCCUUCGUGACAGACCACCGGGUCAUGACUGGGAGCUCGAACCUGGUGUCACUUGUGGUGACUACUUGUUUGGGAUGCUUCAGGGAACAAGAUCAGCUCUCUAUGCAAAUAAUCGGGAGUCCAUAACAGUCACUGUGCAAGAAGUGACUCCCAGAUCUGUAGGUGCUCUCAUAGCACUGUAUGAGCGAGCAGUCGGUAUUUAUGCAUCGCUCGUCAACAUCAACGCCUAUCACCAACCUGGUGUGGAAGCUGGGAAGAAAGCAGCCGCAGAAGUAUUGGCUCUUCAAAAGCGGGUUUUGGCUGUACUGAACGAGGCCAGCUGCAAAGAGCCUGUUGAACCACUGACUCUUGAAGAAGUAGCGGAACGGUGCCAUGCUCCUGAAGACAUCGAAAUGAUUCACAAGAUCAUUGCACACAUGGCCGCGAACGACAGAGCGCUCAUGGCUGAAGGCAUCUGCGGGUCACCACGAAGCGUCAAGGUCUACCUUGGAGAGUGUAACAUCGAUGAGUUGUACGCUUGAGAUGAGAUUGAGUUUGAUCUCUUUAGUCGGUUUGAAAAAAGGUUUUCGAAUAAAUUGAACGAUUAAUUAGUUACGUUGCUUGUUCAUUGAACAACACAGUUGUACGCAUGCAAAAGAUCGACAACUUAAGAGAAUUGAUACUUUUUGCCCAAAAUGUAGUCCAAAGGUACUUAUCAUCGUUUGAUUUUUAAAUAAUAAUCUAAUUUUACUCGACUCAA